AUUCGUUUGCAGCGCCACCUAUUGGUAUUGUGGCAGGAUACCAAAUUUUCAGGCAUUCUGAAGUGGCCCGGAUCCGUAGCCUAGGAAACGGGUGUAGCUACAGACAACAACACUGAUUAACGUGUUACAUAAAAUUGCUAGAAAUACUUUCGAAAUUGGAUCGUAUUCUUGAAAUUUUACCAAAAUAAUAAACUUUAUUCAUAGUAUAGUGUUCAAAUUUCACUUCGGAGUAAUGAGAAGUUUGACAGCUUAGUGUGGAUCGCAUAUUGUCUUUAAUUUUAUGCGUUCAAAUCCUGUGAGAAAACAAGACUUCGAGUGCGCGGGCGACGAGGUGCUGGUGGAGUCGUCGCCGCCCGCCUCACCCGACAUGGCGGCGCGCCUCGCCGCCCCCGCGCAGGGCGCAGCACCGGGGCCCGGGGAGGGCUCACCGACGGCGGUGCGCGAGCUCAUCGUCAUACCCGAGAUGCCCAGCUCCAUACAUCUGCAGCACGCUAUUCAACAGGUAUCGAGCACGGUGGUGGAGAUAAACGGCGACAGUUCGGGCCACUCGAGCCCCGCCGCUGACCCGCAGCACACAUACAUCACUGUAGCCAUCGACGGGGCAUGGAAGAGAGAUGACAUUCGAGAACUCAAGGUGGAGACUCCCAGCGACGAAGAAAGCGAGGGCGGCAAUGGCGUCAACUACCACGUGCAGUACAUGGAGCCGCAGGAGCUCUACGCGCAAGGUCACCAGCCUCACAUGGAGCAGCUGCGCACAUACCCCGUGUACAAUGUGGCGAACGUGGCCAACGGGCAGAACGUGGGUCUGGAUGUGGGCGGCGUGGGCGUGGGCGUGGAGAGCGCGGCGGAGGGCGCGUGGGGCGGCGACUUCGCCUUCGCCACGAGCAACACGGUGGCCGCGGCCGAGCCCGACGCGCCCGCCUCGCCCGCACCGCCCGCCCGCAUGCCGCCCGCCACCGUGCAGUGGCUGCUCGACCACUACGAGACCGCAGAGGGCGUGUCGUUGCCGCGGUCGAGCCUGUACGCGCACUACCUGCGGCACUGCGCGGCGCACCGCCUGGAGCCGGUGAACGCGGCCUCCUUCGGCAAGUUGAUCCGCUCCGUGUUCGUGGGACUGCGCACGCGCCGCCUCGGCACUCGCGGCAACUCCAAGUACCACUACUACGGUAUCCGCGCCAAGCUCGGCGCGGACUCGCCGCUCGCCGCGCACGGCGACAACCAAGACACCGACCUACAGGAGCGGCAGGUGGGCGAGGGGGAGGGCACGGAGGGCGCGGAGGGCGCAGGCGGGCCGCACCGGCAGUACUUCGGCUGUCCGACGCCGCCCGAGCCACCCGAGCUGCGCGUCACCUCGCUGCCCACCGACAUACCGCUCUCUGCGCUGGACGCCCUGCGCAAACACCACCGAGAUCACGGCGCGGAGCUGCUGUCGGCGGUGGCGGCGCUGGACAUCGGCGGCGUGGAGCGCGCGCGCCGCGUCUUCUGGCGGCGGCCGCGCGCGCUCUGCCGCCGGCUGCUGGUGCGGCUCUGUGCACGUCGCGCCGUCGCCCGCUGGCUGCUGCGCGCCGACCUGCAGCUGCACCAGGCCGCCGUCGACCUGCUGCUGCCCGACGUGCUGCAACCCAUACCCUCGCAUCUCACCCAGUCGAUCCGCAACUUCGCGAAGCUGCUGGAGGGCGCGCUGUCCGCGGGCGGGAGCGGGGCUCCGGCGCUGGCUGUACGCGCUCAGGGCGCCGCCGCCGCCGCGCUGGCCGCCGCCCUGCGCCGCUACACCUCGCUCAACCACCUCGCGCAGGCCGCACGCGCAGUGCUCGUCAACCACACACAGAUCGAGCAGAUGCUGGCGGACCUGAACCGCGUGGACUUUCGCGUGGUGCGCGAGCAGGCCGCCUGGGCCUGCGCCUGCGGCUCCUCUAACGCGCGCAGCCUCGAGCAAGACUUCAAGAAAACUAGUCUCGGGAUUAUCGAAGCCCGCGGAGAGCCCAUACGGUAUAUCCUUCUGCAGGCGACUCUGGGGCGCGGCGCCACGCUCGAGCAGUGGGCCGACUGGCUCGACGGCUGCGUGCGCAACGCGCUCGUCGUGCACGACCGCCGCCCCGACUACGUGGCGCGCGCGCGACGUCUGCUGCUCGACUGGUCCUUCUACUCCUCGCUCGUCAUACGCGAGCUCACGCUCAGGUCGGCGGCGUCGUUCGGGUCGUUCCACCUCAUCCGGCUGCUGUACGACGAGUACGUCUCCUACCUCAUCGAGCGCCGCGUCGCGCUGCACACGCACCAGCCGCAGAUCGCCGUCAUGCAGCGCGCACUGGAGGAGGAGGAGGACGACCUGCUGAUAGAGGCGCGCGAGGGGGAGGGAGAGGAGGAGGAGAUGGAGCAGGAGCCGGAGCAGGAACCGGAGCAGGAGGCCGAGCAGGAGCUGGAGCUGGAGCAGGACCAGGAGUGGGAGUGGGCGGACGAUGAUGAUGACGACGACGACGGCCUCGAGAUCAAGAAGAUCAAGACCAACUAGGGGACUGUCGAUAUUGCGGUCCUCUUAAAUAAAUCUAGCCCUGGAUUCUAACAUGGAAGAAGAUGAAACGAGUUACAUAUUUUAAUCUUCAGCAUUCUAGAAUAGUAUCGCUACGUGUUGUGAUUAAAUAUGAAUGUGUGUUAAAUGUUAGUCUAGAAUUAUAAGAUUUGUCUAUGGAUAAGUAAUGUCAUGUAUUCGCCACUCAAAAACAGUAGAAAUAUUUGUGGUCAUGAUGUUUUUUUUUUUUAUAUUCGACCAGUUGCCAUCUUCCAAAUAAAUUGUCUAGUCACAGCGACUUUUAAAAUGGGUCUGGCCAAAUAUCUGUUCAUUUAAUGCUCUAUAAAUGUUGCCAUGUAGAACGUAAAGAUUUUUUAUUUUUAAUUAAUUAAUUCCAAUUUCUUCAAACUACCUACACUGUAGAGUAAAUUAUUGAA